UUGGCAGCAACACGCUGGAUCGAGGGAUACCUGGUCCAGGGGGUUGCUUAGACGGCGGUGGGAAUAUUCCUACAGGCCCCCCCGUCGUCCCCCAGCCCCCAGGACUGUCUGGCCUUCAUAAUAGUGAAGUUACACCUAAACAGGCCAUAGUAGAAAGAUUACGUCGUCGUAUGGAGGGGUACCGAAGAAGACAAAGUGACUGCAUGCCGCGUUUUGACCAAUCUUUUAGCGGCCUCUGCGAACAAAAUUUGCAGGAUACUCUGCAGCUGAAGCAACGCUACCUCGAUGCCAAAGCAAAAAGAGUACCUAAGACGAAAGCUGAAAAGAAGCAUCAAGAUUCCUCGAUACAAAGUAGUGUACACGUGCAGCAAAAGUUUUUGAAACGUUCCUCCGACGAAUUAGAUCCCGGCGGCGGCGGACCAAGCGAAAAUUUCGAACCUCCAGUGAAACUUCAGUGUUCCAAUGAAGGUCUCACCAAAUUUUCCGUUGAGAUCGUUCAACAAUUGGAAUUUACGACGUCUGCCGCCAAUUCCCAACCCCAACAGAUAUCGACGAACGUCACUGUAAAAACACACGCGAACGCUUCCGUAAAAAGUGAUGUAUCUUCUCCAAAAUCAAAUCCAGAUCUUCAAAAAUCAACGUCGACCUCGAAUAUAGGCCUCGAUGUAGGUACCUUAGUCGAAUGUGUGAAACAAGAACCUGACAACGAUUUCGCCGAUCUCGAUCAAUGCGCGGCGGCUUUGGAAAAAGACGCCGCCGCUAACGGCGGCGCUGGUUUCGGGGGAUUCCCCGAUCUCAUCGGCGAUGAUACUAACGACGAUAUAAUAUCAUCGGCAACCUUCAACGAACUUAUCACCGAUAUCUCGAAUUACCCCGAUUACGAAUUAAUGAAACACUUCGAUUUCGAAGAUAACAAAUUAGAUACUAAAACCGAAGAUAUUAAGAACAUUCCGAUUUCUCAGGAUUCCAAAACGACGUCGAGUCCGUUGUUGCAACAAAAUAAUCCCCGCAUUCCCUCCUACUCCAAUAUGGACUUUGUUAAAACGGAGUUGAGUCCGGCGGCGCAAACUCUAAAACAAAUGGCCGAACAACACCAACAUAAAAAUCAAAUGGGGUUAUCGUUUACCGCGGCCAGAUCGCCUUACGGUGAAUUUCAAUUCCAAGGGAGCGAUUACGGAAGUCCAAAUUCUAUCCAUAAAAAUAGUCCCACGUUCCCGCAACCUGAUAUGAUCAAACAGGAAAUGAUUUUCCAACAGGGCAACGAAUUUGACAUGAAACGUAAAAAUCCAGGCAUCUAUAAACAACAAUAUUCUCCUUACAGUAGCCCUAGUGCUAGUAAUCACGGUAGUCCCGGUUAUUUACCUCGAGGUAACACAGGUACCAAUGCCAAUACCGGCGCUUUCGGUGGCGGUACGCCACCUAGACCUCCCUCAGGUCCGGGAAAUAACAAUAAUAACAACCCCGGAUCGACAAACGUUCAAAUUAAUCAAGCCCAACAAAUGAACAUUAGUCAGCAAAGCCAUGGUCAUACCAUACAGGUAUCAGCCGGUCAACAUGUACAUCUUUCUGGUGAUAUUAAAGGCACCGUUAAUAUAGCCGCCCAACAAGGUAUGCAUUUUACUCAGCAAUCGGGUCAAAAUAAUUCCAAUCAGUCCCAACCGAAUACCAGUAGUGCCAAUCAACAAAGUCCAAUGUCUACGCCGCAACACCAGAACUCACCUAUGUCCAACGGUGUCAAUUCUCAUAGUCCAAUGAGUCACAAUAAUCAAAUGCCUGGAAAUAAUAUGCAAAUGUCUGGUAAUCAAAUGGGACCAAAUAUGCAAGGACCAAAUGGUAUGAAUCAACAAGGAAAUAUGACCGGAAAUGAUAUGAGUAAUAAUAUGACAGGUCCAGGUAACAUGGGUAUGCCCAACAGCAAUAUCGGACCAGGAACUGGUAUGAGCGGAAUGGGUUCCAAUAUGAGCAGCUCGAGCGGUAUGCCUGGACAAAUGGGAGGCAUGCAACAUCCUUCUAUACAUUCUGUAGGCGGAAUGGGAAGCCACACGGAUUCCUAUUCCAUGUCGCAGACACAGACCAUCAAUUUCACUCAACAAAGUUUGAGGAGGGCUGGAAAUCAAGGUGUACCCAAUUCGAUGGGACAAAAUAAUUCGAUGGGACCUUCUUCAAUGUCCGGAUCGUCCGGUCCCAACGUGAACAAUCAACCCGGUACCGGAAUGGGUCCUCGUUUAAUGACUUCGCAAUCGUUAGAACAACAAAAGUUAUUACACCAACAACAAAUGUUGAGGGCGCAACAACAGCAAGCGGCAAUGCAACAACACAUGGUGCGACCGCCGCCGCCCGAUUACAAAACCACCGCUGGAAUAAUGCAAGGAAUGCAAUCUAGAUACGCUACGCCCGUACCGCCGCCGAAUAUGAGAAGAAUGCCCAUGCAACCUAUGCCUCCGUCAGGACCGAUGAUGCGUUCAAAUAUGUAUAUGAUGCAACAGCAACAGCAACAAAUUCCACCCCAACAGUUACCCCAAAGGGGAGCUAUAUAUACCAGGCAACAGGGACCAUUAGCUGGAAUGGAAUCAAUGCAGCACAAUACGGAAUGGAGGCAUCUGCUGAUGUCCCAACAGCAAAAUUCCAGCUAUACUUCUAUGAGACCCCAAUUCCAACAAGGUUUUAACAUGAAUUCGAAUAACAUGCAACAAAUGUCGGCGUUGCAACACCAACAACAGCUCAGAAAUCAACAAGCGAUGGUUACCGGCGGAGGACCUGUGUCAAAUCAACAAGGACUUGUUCCCGGAAUGGGUCAAGGUCAAAUUAUAGGCCAAAAUAACAACCCCAUGGCCCAAAUGAACAACAUGAAUCAAGCCAUGUUACACAUGCAACAGCAGCAGUCCAUGAUGCAACAACAAAAUCAACACAUGUCAAUGUCGAACAUCCACAUGCAACAAUCCCAAUCGAUCUCAGUAUCUAAUCAAUCUUUACAAUCUCAACAACAGCCGAACAUGUCACUUGGCAAUCAAAUGAACAACGUCGUACCGUCAUCGAAUAUAACCCAAAAUUCCAUCAGUUCGGCAUUUAAUCCACAAGCAGAUUUCAAUUUUGAAUUUUUGGAUAAUUUGGCAACGUCGGACGGUACGACGUUCACCGACCAGGAACUGUUGAGUUCAUUCGACAGCGAUCCAGGCUUUAAUUUAGAUUUUUAAAUAUUUCUUUAGGUUAGAACCAUUUUCUAUAUUUAUUUAUAAAACGUGACAAACCAUACAGUUAUAUACAUAUUUAUAUUAGGUACAUCUAAAUUGGUAAUUUUUAUUGUGGGAUACCAUAAUUUAAUUUAAAUAAUUUUACAUACUGUCAAUAUUUAAAAAUUUCCUUCAUUAGGAUAAAACCUUCAUAACUAGUGAUUUCCAAUCAUACUUUCACUAUUCAAAAAUAAUGAAUUAGUUCUCCAAUGAAAGGAAAGUCAAAGAUGACAGACCCAAAUGGAAAUUUACUCGGUUUGUUGCCUAAUAGACAGGAAACAAAACAAGAUAAAAACUAGGAUGGUUUUGGUCUUGCACAGAUAGUUCUACAAGAUAUGAGUACCAGUUGCUUCUACUAGAGUAACUAGACUGAUUCUGGUGUUGAAAAAAAGACCAGUUUUGUUUUUCACUAAAGAAAAGGAUCUUCUGGUACUAAUAUCUUGCUAUUUAUUCUUUCCACCCUAUUUCCUAUCUCUCCCUGAUAUCUCUUUUAUUCAUACCUUCUGUUUCAAUCAUUUCGAAGAUAAACAAGACCAAAACUGGGAUGGUUUUAGUCUUGCAUAAUUAGAUCUAGAAAAUAUGGGUAACAGGAACUUCUUCUGUAGUAACUAGACUGGUUCUGGUGUUGAAAAAAAUCAAGACCAAGGCUAGUUUUGUUUUUCACUAAAGAAAAUGAUCUUCUGAUACUGAUACCUUGCUAUUUAUUCUUCUAUCCUACUUCCUAUCUUUCGUUCAUAUCUCUUAUGUUUAUACUUUCUGUUUCGAUCAUUUCAAAUCUAAACAAGACCAAAACUGGGAUGGUUUUGGUUUUGCACUACUAGAUCUAGAAGAUAUAGGUACCAUAAGCUUGUUCUGUAGUAAGGAGACUUGUCUUGGUAUUGAAAAAAUUAAGACCAAGAGCAGUUUUGCUUAUUACUACAGAAGACGAUCUUCUGGUACUCCAAUGGAUGGGUUUGGAACUUGAUGAAACAAAUUUUGUCAUCACUGUGUAACAGUAUAACAAUUGGUCAUAAUUGUAAUAAUUUUUGAUUUGAUUUUGAUAGGAAUCAAAUCAAUUCUUUCCUGUCUUAAAUGUUGAACCUGGCAGAUGACGGGAACAGUCCUUAAAGAAUUAACAAAAAAAGAUUAAAUUUCCUCCUGUUUGCAAACAGUAUUUUCAAGGUUUUCGUUUACCUCGCCGCGAAAUUCAUUCAAACGGUAUGGAACGCAUCUCAAUUUAAUUUUUUUUUUCUUUUAAUUAAAAUGUAUUUUCAUUUGUGGUUUGUCCGUUUUAUAAAAUAAUUAUAAUUGAAUUGUUGAACGUUUUUUAUAUUAUAUAAAGAUAUAUAUAUAUUUUUGUACAUAAUUUAUAUUUAAAAGUGGUUUUUUUGUACUUUUGUUUAUUUUUUGAUUUUUUAAAUUCAAACUCUUACUCAAAAUUACUAUUUUAAUGUCCUUUUUAAUAUAUGAAAAAUAUAGUAAAUAUUUUAUCGCAAUAUCACAAUAACCAAUCGGCAAAAUUCAUGUUAGAAUUUUUCAAAAUAUCUUACUAAAUCCAAAAAAACUGAUAAAUUCACAUUUAAAAUAAGCAAUCUGCUUUAUGGUACAUAUUCUGGUAGUUCCUAUUUUCUGUAACAUCAAUUAUAAUUCGGUAUAAGAGGAUAUAUAUCUAGAGGUUACAUUGUACCACAACCUUAAGGUCUAUUUUGUAUUAUCAGCAUUCUGAUUAACUCCAGUAUCUGUAUCGGCUUCAUAGAGAUAUUACAGAUAGAGUAGGCAUGCUAUAGUCGCACAUACAAGUGGGGGCGUCUGGCCGAUAGAAAGAGAGAGAAUAAUUUAUGUAUUGCUAUCUCUGUCUAAUGACGCAUGCGCGUUGAUAAGAUUUGGUGUCAGAACAAUUCUUUAUUAAUAAAUUAGUACAACUUCAUAAAAAACCAGUACGUAUACUAAUAUUACUUCCGGCUUUUCAAUAAAAUCUUUCUAAUUGCGUAUGAUACAUUCGAUUGUAUUAUAUCUCAAAUCGUAAGUCAUGCACAUCAGCUGUUUUUUGCUACUCAACAAAAUUUAAUACAUUCAACUUCUCAAAAAGCUUGUGUUUACUUAAAACUAUAAGUUCCUUCAUAAAAUAUUUGUCAGCAAUAAAUAACAGACGACUAUGCAUUUUUUACGCUCAUUAUUAAAUUAUUUCGCACGCUAUCUUAAUAAUGAGAUUUACAAGAGUGGAUUUAUUUUAUCUAUAUCGAGAUCCAUAACAAAUAUCUGGAACAAUGCUUACCUUUUCAUAGUGGUAUCAGAUAAAUUUGCUUGAGAUUUUUCGCAAAUGACUUUCAAAUCACUGGCUCCGUUAAGUGUAUACAAUCUUUUGCUGGGAGAAAUAUAUGUGAAAUUGCAAAGUGGCAAUUUCCUCAAAAAAUAAGUGUAAAAUAAAUAAAUGUAUCUAAAUACGAUAACAAUAUAAUUAUGAACAUAGAAUUAACCUUUUGAGAUUUGUACGAUUAUCACUGUGUAUUACUAAACACAGUUUGCUGUGUGAUUUGCUCUUGCAACAUUUGAGUUGAAAGAAUUAUUUCUUGAAAUGUUGUCGCAAUAGCUUUUUGACAAAUUACUGCUCGUACCCAACUCUACAGCUACGGAAGUUUGUUGUAUCCAAAUCCACAGUUACAGAUGACUUUGAUAUAAAAUAACUGACAGGUUUACAAAAAUCUUGCUUAUUUUCACCAAAUGCUUUACUAGUAUUUGCAGGCAAAUCAUUGUUGAUAAAGGAUAGCAAAUUAACUACGGUAUUUACAGAAACAUUACUGACACAUGACUGUUUUUGCAAAUUCAGUUGUGUUUCAUCUUUUGUGACUUUGUAUCUAACAGUUUGAACAUUAUCUGUUGAUACAAAUCUGCAAGCGACCGCAGUAAAGAUCUCUUAAUUUUACUUCCAUCAGGGUCUUCAUAGGCACUCGUAUCAAAAUGAUAACUGCAAAGUUUUGUAUACUUGGUUAUAGAACUUAGUCCAGCAAAAGGCGUCCAUUCCUGUCUUAAACCAUGAUCAUCUGGAAAUCUACAAUAGACAAAACAUAUUUUAAUGAUAAAACAUUAUAUAGAUAGUAUUCAUUUUUAUAACGCUUCUUUUUUAAUAUUGUGAAUACAAUCAAAACAACGUUUUUGCUAACUACUUCUUGAAUUACUUAUACGGACUUACUUAUGAAAACUGCAACUUUUAUCUCCAGGUAUAGGCUCUUUUUUGCAGAGAACACAUUAGUAAGGUAUAUUCGAAAACAAAUGCUUAAUAAUCUUUAUCACAUUAUUUAUAUUAGGCAAAUAUAAUAUUUAUUUACAGACGUACAGGUUACGUUCGCACUUUACCGUUACCCGUUGAAUCAGAGACACGCAUGCGCAGUACGCAACAAAAGAAAGAGAUAGAAAUACAUAAAUGACUCUCUUUCUCUUUUCAUUCGCAAGUCGGUCUCACUUGUAGGCAUGCCUACUCUAUUGGUAAUAUCUCUAUGAUCGGCUUCAAAGAGGAUAGAUCUUUAAUCCUAUAAGUGCUGUUAUCAAUAUCUACAACUUACUUUUCAAUGCCAAAGUUCUGAUGGACUCGAUUACCCAUACCUAUAUUGGCUUCAUUGAGGUUUAAUCUUCACUUCUAGAAGACUAGGUGAAUUGGUGUUUCAUUAAAGUGCACUAUACCCCUUAUCAAAGAUGUUUUGGAGUUUCAAAUUAUACUUUGUCUUCCAAUACCACAAUUGUAACGGUUAGAUCUUCACUCGUAUGAGACCUUGUAAACUAGACUAUUAUUAAAUUCCACUGUACCCCUAUCAGGGAGGUUCUGGACAUUUAUAUUACAUUUCGCCUUCCAAUACGACAGUUGUAAUGAACCCCAAUACCUCUACCACUUUCAGUGAGGUUCAAUUGCCGCUCCUACAAGACUAGGGGGACUGGUGCUUCAUUGAGGUUUACUGUGCCCCUAUCAUGGAGGUUUUGGACAUCUAAAGUACUUUUUUCCUUCCAAUACCACAUUUUUGUUGGACUCCAGUCUGAAUACUUCUUGAAAAAACUUAGAUCUUCAAUCUUAGAAGACUAGAUGAACUGGUGUCACAUUAAAGUCUACUGUGCCCCCUAUCAGACAUGUUUUGGACAUCUGCAGUAUUUUUUACUGUUUACGGAGCUUAGACCUUCGUUUCUACAAGACUAGGCGACCUGAGGUCUCAUUAAGGUCUACUGUGCCCCCUAUCAGAGAUGUAUUGGACAUCUAAAGUACUUUUUACACUUUGGGGAGCUUAGAUCUUAGUGUCUUCAAGGUUUACAGUGCCUCUUCAUCACAUCUGAUUCGACAUCUACAGCUUUCUAUUUGAUACUAGAGUUGCAUUGAACUUCAGGCUGACACAUUUUGCUUUCGUGCUUUACCAAAAUCUACUUUAGAACAGUAAUAUACUUUGGUACAGUGGAAAUUUGUGUCCUGUCUUCUGAGGUUUCACCUGGACCAUUUUGGGAAUCAUUGGUUGUAAAUUCUGGUCUGUAUGGAUCAAUUUAAGUAAACAUAAGGAAUUUUUACUACUUUUGAUUGGUUUGUUGUGAAUUUUGCUGAUUGGUUAUAAAAAUUAUGAAUCUCCAGAGUCUAGGAAUAACAAUCUCGAGACACCAAAAGAUUUAUGUUGUUAAGCACCAAAAUAAAGAAUUUUCUAGAUUGCUAAAUGGUUUUUUAGGUAAAAAUGUGUAGUUUCCGAAAAGAAAAUCAAAAUUCUGUUUAUACAAGAAAAUUUCACCUUGUUUGAUCUGUCACUUUGUACUGUGAAAACCUUUAUAUCCAUAAACGUGUAUUUUAGUUAAGAAUUAUUGUUUUAAAAUUAUAUUAAACAUUUAUUUAUAAUAUUUUAUGUUUUUUAUAUUUUUAUUGUUUUAUUUCUUUAUCAAUAGUUGAAAUUUCUUGUGUAAAUUUUACAUUACCAUACCGGAUUAAAAAAUAUAAGCAAGACUGACUCUUAACUCAUCAAUCUAGUAAAUUUUUUAAUUUUUUUAUAUCGAUAUAUUCGAAAUUUGGACUGCAUUAAUUAUUUUAUAUCAAUACAUUUUUUGGUAAUUUAUUUUAAAAAAUUUUUUAAUCGGUAGAAAAAAUGUAGGUUAUGAGUUGAACUUUGUUUUGGUGUUAAUUCGUUUAUUUUGAAUCGAUAAUAUUCAAAAAACUUGUUUUACUAUUCUUGUUCUUAUAUCAAAAUCGAUAUAGUUGAGAUUUAAAAACAAAAAAAUUGUACUUAUGUACAUCAUAUCUCAAAUUUCUCUUUUUUUAGAAAAAAUUUCAAUACCCUUUUUGUGCUCUAUAUACUUCUUGUUGAUUUUUUUAUCACUUAUACUAUUUCUACUAUCGAUCAAUUUACACCAGUUUUUAAUAUUUUUUUAAUUUGUUACAAUUAAAUUGUCUUAUUUCUCUAUAUAUCCCUUCCCAAUAAUCUUUCUUUCAUUUUUUAGUGGCUAAAACAAGCAUAUAUCUACUAUUAAUGGAUCUCCAUCAGCUCCCUAGAUUUGUUAGUAUAUCUUCUUUUGCUUCUUACCACUUAUUCGAGCUCUGAAAUUCGAAAGUUGGAAAAUUUAAAUCUUUUAAUUAAAUCUGCAAUAAAUUUGGAAGUAGAAUUGUUUGAUCUAUGGAUUAUACUGUAUUUUACCUUCAAAGUAUCUGACUUCUAUACUCAAGAAGAUUUUCAAAGAUAAAUUAGUUUUCCAAGCUCUGAUUUCUCUUUCUUAUUGGUAAUUCUGGAUACUUACAUGACUAAAACAGUUCCACCUUUACUAUCGACGAGUCUCUUACUUUCAAAGUCUCUCAAAAUUUUGGAAAUAAGACAAAUAUAGAAAAAAAUUGUGAAUAAAAGUUAUAAAUAAUCAUGAAUGGUACAGUUCAGAUCUAAAUCUUCAGCAAAAGUAAAGUUGUUCUAGCUGUGCCCCCACUAUUUCUUUCCAAUCCAGUUUCUCUAUUUUUUUCAAAGUCUUUUAACCCUUAGAAAAAUUUUGUUAUAAAAAAACCUUCUUUCAUUCAUCUUAUUGAUAUUGUGGUCCAAAUUUUUUGGAAAUAUUUUUUUGAAAAUUCGGGAAUCAAUUUGUAGUUAAUAAUAAUAAUAAAAAAUUGUAAAUAUACAUUUAUUAAGUACGAGCAAUGUUGAAAUGGGUUCAAUAGGUACACCAUGUGCAUAUUCUAAUAUAUGGAUAUAACGUAGGGAAUAUUAUAGAAAAAAAUUUUUGAUGAAGUUGUAGAUUUUAGAAAAUUUAAAACAUUUCAAUAUAUAUCACAAUUAUGUAAAGUAGAUCGUUAUAUAUCUAUUAGAAUUUUAAUUUCACUUACAAAUAUCACUUUUUGGAUGAUUAAAAUUAUUGUAUUGUACAUGUAUUUAAUUUUUUCUACUCAUAUCGAUCAUUUUUCUAAUUGUUAUCAUGAUUUUCUAAAAGUUUCUUAUCUUUUUCCAUUGCCUGUUAAUUUUUUUUUAAUUUAUCUGAUUUUCGCAGGGUUAUUUGCAAUCAUUUAAAUUUUUUUCAAACUAAAAGUGAUAUUUUUAAUUAGUAAAAAAAAUUGUAUCGAUUUGAGAGCAAAAAUGUUUCUACUCAAAUUUAUAUAAAAUUUUAAAUGAGAAAAAUGCAUUAAAUUAAAAAAAAUCAUCGUAAAGUCA